ACCAUAGCAACGCCGGUAAACAAACCUCGAAAAAACCCAAUCCAGGGCUGAAUCCGAAUACUCAUACUUAUAGUAUGCAUUUUGUAGUACGCCACAAAUAUAGCGCGUCCGAAUGCUCAGUACGCAUUGUGUAGUACGGAAAACGUUAAAGAAUGCGUACUACCGCCACAGUAUACAACGGUAGGUCACUACGCUAUCCCACAAUGCAACCGGAGUCGGGUAACGAACGAAGAAGAGAUGGCUGACCCGACACUACCAACAGCGGUUUAGAAAGACGUCGUAGAAAGCGGCGAAAAAAAGAGACAUUAAAAAAUUAAAGUAAGUAAUUAAGUAAAAAGAGACAUUUUUAAUUUAAUAGCAACGAUGACAAGACGGAAAACAGGUAUCUUAUCAAGGUAAUUUUGCCGGCAUCUGAGGGGAGAUACGUCAUCUCCAAACAUCCGGUGGAGUUUCAGCGGUGUUCGGAAGUGUUCAGAGGCGUUCUACGCAUAGCUGUAGACCGUACUACACUGUCAAGUGUAGUACGGUCAAGUAGUAGACACUGAACAGAAAUAGUAUGUACUAAGUAUUCGGAUUCAGCCCAGGUCUUACUGAAGGCAUUUAAUGGUCAAAAUAUUAAUAAAUAUUUGAAUAUAUUCGAAUAUUAAUAUUAAUAAACAAACAAACUUCGAAUAUGAUUUUUGGGCAAAAGUCAAAGCCCUAGUGUGGAUCAACACCGGAUUCUGCGCUACAGCUGGCAGACUUCCAGCUGUUCAGAGCGGACCGCAACACGGAGCUUUCCGGCAAAACGAAGGGUGGAGGGAUCUGUUUCUACCUCAACAGCGGCUGGUGAAAAUAUAUUACAGUGAUGCUACAGCACUGUUCUCCUGUUCUGGAAACCCACAUUAUAGACUGUAAACCCUUUUAUUCCCCCCAUGAGUUCGCUUCGUUCAUUCUGGUCGUUUAUAUUCCACCGCAAAACAACGUGCAGGAGGCACAACGUCAGCUGGCCGACCAGAUACUGGACGUGGAGCGAACUAACCCGGUCUCCUUUGUUAUUGUCGUCGGUGACUUUAACAGAGGAAAUCUCAGCCAUGAACUUCCCAAAUACCGCCAGCUUAUAAGUGCCCAACCAGAGAGGAGAACACGCUGGAUCACUGUUACACAACUUUAAGGAAGGCCUAUCACGCCGUCCCCCGCGCUGCACUGGGACACUCUGACCACGUCAUGGUCCACCUGAUUCCUGCAUACAGGCAGAAGUUAAAACUCUGUAAACCAGUUGUGAGGACGUCUAAGCAGUGGACUAGUGAGGCUGUGGAGGAUCUUAAGGCAUGCUUGGACUGCACUGACUGGGAUAUUUUCAGGUCUGCCACCAACAGUCUUGAUGAGUACACUGAUGCUGUGACAUCUUAUAUCAGCUUCUGUGAAGACAGCUGUGUACCAUCUCGCAGCAGGGUGAGCUACAACAACAACAAACCCUGGUUCACAGCAGAACUCGGACAGCUAAGGUUGGCAAAGGAGAAGGCGUUUCGGAGCGGAAUCAAAGAACAGUUUAAGGAGUCGAAAUACAGGUUUAGCAAGGCAGCGAGAGAUGCUAAACUCUCGUAUUCAAAGAGACUCCAACGGCAGUUCUCAGAUAACGACCAAGCGUUUGUCUGGAAGGGUCUGAGACUUCUCACCAACUACAAACCGUCUGCCCCCCACUCCAUCGUCGACCCUCACCUGGCCAACGACCUGAACAAGUUCUACUGCAGAUUUGAAAGACAAUGCAGUCCUGUUAUCAUCCCCCGUAUCCCCAUUCAUCACCCCCAGAUCACCACACCCUCCUCCCCCACCUCAGCAGGAGUCCAGGCGUUCCCUCUCCUGCCUACCUCUGAGACCCCCCCCCCACCCCCCACCCCCCCGUCACCUCUCUAUCCUGGAGAGGGACGUCAACAGACUCUUCAAGAGGCAGAAAUCCUGCAAGGCAGCUGGACCGGACUCUGUCUCCCCCUCCACCCUCAAGCACUGUGCAGUUCAGCUGUCUCCAGUAUUUACAGACAUUUCACCUCGCUGGAGACAUGCCAUGUACCAGCCUGUUUUAAAUCCUCCACCAUCAUCCCCAUCCCCAAAAAAACAAGGCCCAAAGAACUCAAAGACUACAAACCAGUCGCCUUGACCUCUGUGGUCCUGAAAUCCUUUGAGCGCCUUGUCCUGUCGCACCUCAAAUCCAUCACGGACCCUCUCCUGGACCCCAUGCAGUUCGCCUACAGAGCCAACAGGUCUGUGGACGAUGCUGUAAACAUGGCCCUCCACUUCAUCCUCCAGCACCUGGACUCAGCAGGAACCUACGCCAGGAUCCUGUUAGUGGAUUACAGCUCUGCUUUCAACACCAUCAUCCCCACUUUGCUACAGGGCAAGCUCUCCCAGCUGCACGUGCCCGACUCCCCCUGCCGGUGGAUCACUGACUUCCGGUCUGACGGGAAGCAGCAUGUGAAGCUGGGGAAGCACGUCUCCAACAGCGUCUUCUUUCUCCCCUGUUCUUCUCCCUGUACACCAACGGCUGCACCUCCAGUCACCAGUCCGUCAAGCUCCUGAAGUUUGCAGAUGACACCACACUCAUCGGGCUCAUCUCUGGUGGAGAUGAGUCUGCCUACAGGUGGGAGAUUUCACACCUGGUGACUUGGUGUGGCCAAAACAACCUAGAGCUCAAUGCUCUAAAGACUAGAGAUAGACCGAUAUGGUUUUUUCAGGGCAGAUACCGAUUAUUAAUAGUCAAGGGGCCGAUAACCGAUAUUUGGAGCGGAUAUUAAUUUACAAAAGUGGGGAAAAUAUUGGCGUCAAAAUUUUGAAUAAUAUUAACUCCAACACUUGACUUCAUUGAAAUGCCUUUAACCACUUAAUCGUCAAAUCCCACCAGGGGGCAAGUUUUAGUUACACCACCCCUUCCCCCCCAACAUGCUGGGUCAAUUUUCGGCAUCAUUCAGUGGAGUGAUAUAGUCAUGUCAUACACCGUUUGAAAGCUUAGCAUCUCAGGAAUGUCAUCCAAUGUCAACCAUUCGGUCUAAUAAAUAUGUUUAGGGAAUAUAGAUCAAAAAUAUCCUAGUGUCUUAGGUCAAAAUAGCCCCCCUCACCCUCCUCCUCCCUUGGUCCAUUCUAACUUUAUAGUUGUUAUGGAUAUCCUUAGCAAUGAGUUGAUACUUCAUGUUGGGUCUUGAAAUGUUCAUAAGAUUCCACAGAAAUCGAAUAUCAAUAUUAUUUUAGUCUAAUUACAUUGUGUAUAUGCACAAGCCAUCUUAUACAAAGCAGCCGAAAAAUAGAAAACCGAAACGCUGCAAUGUUUUUUCGUAGAAAACUGCGAUUUAGGGUUUUAAUUCCGCUAUUGUCGUCUGAUUCAUGGAACCCACUCAAGGGUCGGGGACGGGCCUUAGAUAUCCUAAUAGCCAAUGAAAAUACCUUUCUGACGAUAUCCAGCAUGUCAAACACCGUCUCACGUGUGGUUGAGAAAACGAAUGCGCAUGGGGUGUGCGUAAGCUUGCAGGCUCUUCCCCAGAGUGCGAGUGUGAAGCAAGUGGUGGAUUUGCGCACUCGUGUGUGGUUUUAUUUUUAUUUACUUUUGUGAGUUGGGUUUUAUGAACAUAGAUUUUAGGAAAGAUGCCUAAACGCCUGGAGAAGAAAGGAGGGGGAGGGAGGGAAUCAUGUAAAUAGUUAUUUUUAGGGAUGCACCGAUAUGAAAAUUUUGACCGAUACCGAUAUCCGAUAUUAAAAUUGCUGUUACGGCCGAUAACCGAUAUUUACAGAUAUCGAUAUUGGUAUAAAAACAAGUUUCUAUGAUGAUUUUGUAUACUGAAGAACAUGUAAACACUGUGAAUAUGAAAAAGUUAUUUCUUUCUUUAUUUACCAAAACUUCGAAAUACAUUGUUUCUUCAACAAGUUACAGGGCAUCCAUAACAAACACAAGUUACUAACAGUGUUAGUUUUAGGCUACUUUUACAACUUGCAUCUAUGAAAAAGUUUGGAUCAUAAAUCACAAUAACGAUCACAAAUCAAAAUAUCUUGACAAAGUUUUAUAACAAAUCAAAUUUGCCAAAAUUCAUGGUAACCAGACACUUAAUAAUAUAAAUUACAAAAAGUGUUUCAAGUUUAAGUAAAUUUCAACUCAAAUCUGUGAAAUAGGCUAAAUCAAAUUUAUCAAGGGAGGUUGGUUGUAGUCUUUUCACUCGGUUCUAGCCCUAUUGUUGAUCCGGAGAACCGAGUGAAAAGACUACAACCAAAUAUAAACAUAUCCGGUUCCGGUUCCGGUUUCCGUUUCAAUGGGAUUACGGAACGCCAAAUGAAACACAACAGAAACUGUAUUUCGGUACGAUAAUGUAUAUAAUGAUUUGACACGGCAUCCUCCGCGCAUUGAUUCGGCUUUGCAAGUACUGCAUAUUACAAUUCGAGUACCUUCAUUUGAGACCGUAAAAAACAUCCAAACCGCCGACAUUGAUUCUUUUCAGUUAAGGUGACAAACACUCCUGUACUGCCUCUCCGUGCGUCUCUGGCUGCGUCACUGACAAUGUCACAUGACCAAACAAGCUGCGCAUGGGCAAAAAACACACAACGGCAACUAGACGGAAAUAAAUACUUAUUUUUCAGUACUUAUUAUUCAAUACUUGCUUUAUUGUUUAUUGUUUAUUGUAUGUUAAGAUCGUGCUUAACAAAUACGAAUACCAAGACAAAUUCCUAAUAUGUGUAAAUGUAUUUGGCAAUAAACCUUUUCUGAUUCUGAUUCUGAUGACGUCCUCGCCCCACCCCUCGACCGUCUAGCCCAGGGGUCGGCAACCUUUUGUAUCAAAAGAGCCAUUUUGGCCCAUCUCCCGCAAAAACAAUUUUUUUGGAGCCGCAAACUUUUUAAUUCACCCCCUCCCCCCUCCGGAGACGCUAACGCUGCGCACCGCACAGACAUUUUU